AUGUUAACCGCUUUUCUCCCCUUCGUUGCUCUCAUCGCUCUUCUCGUCGGACAAAGCCUCGCUCUCGUUCAGCAUCCAUUCUCCGAAACUAUCUUUCAAGACGAAGAAUAUCAUUUGCGACGGCCUGUUCGGAGGGUUGCUAUCAUCGGCGCCGGCCCAAGUGGUCUUGUAACAUACCGUGAACUCGCUCAAGCCGGUUUUGAAGUUCGCCUGUUUGAGAGAGAUGGCGUCCCCGGAGGAAAUUGGCACUAUACUGAAGAGACCGCCGCCGAUGCACCCGUACCAAACGCGCAUAUACCCAUCGGCGACUACGUACCCUCUCUACCUCCCAAAUAUGCUAUUCUCCCCUACUCCGAGAUCCACCAAAACGCCGAAUGGAUGCGCAUAGAUCAUCGCGGGCCAAAGCCCGUGUGGGAUACGUUGACGUCGAAUGCGCCAGCACCAUUGCAACAGGUGCCGGAGUUACCAUGGCCAGAAGGAACACCCUGGAAGCUUACGCAGUACCAACUUCGCAACUACGUCCGCGCCUUUGCAUCGUUUCACGGAGUCAACAGUAACGACGAUAACCCCGCUGCAUCGUAUAACACGCGGGUGGAGCUGGUUGAGAAACUGGUCAACGCGGAUGGAGAAGAGGAGGGAUGGCGGUUAUGGUUGAAGAAGCUGGAGGUGUUCAGGAAUGGAACUUCAGAGGCGUCAUGGUGGACCGAGGACUUCGAUGCAGUUGCUAUUGCGUCAGGACGAUACCAGGCCCCAUUCAUGCCGCCGAUACCUGGCCUCGCAGAACUGGUCAAGCAUUUCCCUGACGAGAUCAUGCAUGCGCGCCAGUAUCGCCGUCCUCAGUCCCUGGCCAACAAGACAGUCAUGGUUAUUGGUGCAGCGACCAGCGGCGCCGAGAUAUCAAGGGACAUUAACCGGUGGGCAGGCAAAGUCUAUCAGUCCAUUAAGGCGAACACCUCUGGAGAGACCAAUAGCGACGAUGCAAUCAACUACAUCCUCCGUCUUCCAGCAAAUACAACCAAGGUCCCGCAGAUCAAACAAUUUCUCCCUCUAGACGGCGCCUCCUCUAUUCGGGACGCUCGCGUCGAACUCAUCAACGGCACAAUUCUCACUGGCAUAGACCACUUCAUCCUCGCCACAGGAUACCGUUACUCCUUCCCUUUCCUCCCGCAAUACUACGACGACGACGUGUCCUCGUCGCUAGCGCCCAGCAUCCCACCCAACUCGUCGAGCACGACAUUCUUACCCCUCGACGGCACGCACAUCCGCGAGCUAUACCAGGACCUAUUUUGGAUCCGCGACCCUACAAUCGCCUUCCUUGGCAUUAACUUCGGGCCCGGAGUCCAAACAUUCCUCUUCACGGACUAUCUCGCGCUCGCGCUUGCCAAGGUCUGGUCAGAGACCGCGUUCCUCCCGAACCAAGACGAGAUGUGGAGGAUUCACGAGGAGCGCGUGCACGCACAGGGUGGACACGGUCACGGGCUGCAUCUGAUCGAAUCGAGCAGGUUCAAACAGGAUAUACGAUACUUCGUCGGGUGGCUAAACGAUGCUGCGGUUCGCUAUGGGGGCAAGCAGAUCGAGGGUCUGCCGAAGUACUACGAAGAGGUCAAGUCGUACUUCCUCAAGGCAAUAUCUGGAGGUCACUAGAGUCGUAUCG